UCUUUGUAAAGCAAAUUGAUCAAUAAUAAUUAGCUUCAUCAUCAUCAUCAUCAUAAGUCGUCGAUAAGUAGGUCUGGCUGCCAUGGAUGAGCAAAUAAUCGCGGGAAUUCUAGUCUGUUUGCCUCCAAAAUCAGUUUACAGAUUCCGGCCUGUAUCGAAGUCAUGGAAUCAUUUGAUUUCCCAUCCCCUUUUCAUCCAGAGAUACGACAGCCGGCUGAGUCGGCGCGGCGGUGCUGGUUUGUCGGCCAUGUUUCAAGGUGCAUCAGCCCGGCCUGAUAAUUACCUCCCCCCGGAAAGAAAUCUGUGAUGAACAUACUACGUCUUGACCUGCCCGGCAAUAAGGCAAUUGCAAAACCCAAUAUCAGUAUCUAGAACUAGAACUAUGCGUAGCCAUAAAUUUCUCUAAUGGUUUGGUCCUUUCGGGCCAGCGUGAGUCACACAAGUACCACGUUCUGAACCCGAUUACAAAGCGGGUUGUGUCGUUGCCACCCCGCCGCCACCGUCGUGGGAAGACAAAUCCAUCGGGUUGAUGUGUCAAGAGAACAAAAGUGAACUGGCAGCGAAGUACAUCGUCGUCCGAACUGAUUGUUGUGCCCAACAACCGGAAAGGCCUACUUUGAGGAUGGUGACUUACUCUUCCCAGACAGGCAUCUGGGCCGCCGCCGAAGCGACAGUGAUCGUCCCCACAGGAGAAUAUGUUCCUAUUGUGUUUGCAACUGAUCCUUCACUGGUACAUCUACGGGUUCAGAUUAACACUAGCACUUUAUCUUCCCAGUGAAGAGCAAGUCCAGUUCAUCGAGAUGCACCACUACAAUGAAUUUCGUCCACAUUACUACAUCACCACUGCUAUGACAAGGUCAUCAAUUGAGGACGGUGACAUGUUAUGGUUCGGGGGCAUUGAUACCAAAACUAUGAGAGUUUUCAUGGUCACAAAGGACAGUGAAGAUGGAGCUAAUCCGCGCCCAAGUACAGUGGCUGCUCAAAAGUGGGUGUUGAUGUACAAUAUCAGUGUUGAUUUGAUCACGAACGACACUGCCUUAGUGUCAUCAGCAGAGACAAGGAGGAUUUAUGUGAAAGCCUUCAUUCCUCUUAAUAAUAAGAAGGCUCCUGUUGUUCUUAUUCGCGAGGAAGAAAGCAGGGAGGUAUAUUUUUACAACCUGGACACCAAAUCUAUCCAGUCCGUUCCAUAUCAUAGACAACAACCUCCAGUUACCUCCCAGCAGUUGAAUGUUCUUGUCUAUGGCCACAGUAUUAUAGCUAGAUAUCCUUACUUCGAACCUUCCUCUCUUUCUACAUAUGCUCUUUAGCUAUUAAUCUGAGGUUUUCUUUCUUAAACUCUUCUCUAUAUAUGGAUUAAGAUGAACGGAUUUUUCUGCAAUGAAUGUCAAUUGCUAAAUGUGAGUUGAUUCCUUAUGUUGUGACCCCUGUAUAUGGCCAAAGGCAUUCUUUCAUAUAACCUUUUAAUGAACUGUAAACUUGC